AUGGUGUCGGCUCGCGGAAUCCCUCUCCUCCUCCUUGAGUCCAGAAGCAGCCACACACUAUCUUCAUCUCCCCAGCAUUCUUGGCGUUCCCCGUCGCCCUGGCCCGCUUUUCUCCCGUCCACUCUCUCCCCUCGGCCCCCGUCCCCGCCCUGCGAUCGCCGGAGGGAGCGUCGGGGUUCCGGCGCCAGAACCCGGCUCCUCCGAAGCCCCCUCCGGGCCCCGCCGCCCCCCUCGGGCCUCCGGGCCCCCGCCUCCUCCCCUUCGCCCCCACCCAACGGCUGCUGCUUCGGGCUUCGCGGCUCAAAAACAACAGCGGAGGCGCCGCCAGCUCCGCGCUCCGCCACUGCCCAGGGCGGGCGGCACUCAGACCCGCCGCCCUCGGUCCUGCCCGGAGCUGCGGAGUCCAACAAGCCCCGCGCGGGGGCGGCGGUCCGAACACCGGGUGUCCUCGGCAGAUCGACCCGCCCGCGCGCUCCUGCCGCUGCACCCCCGCUGAGCUCCGCCGCGCCCCCAGUCGGCACCGCUUGCCCGCUCGGAUUCGAACCCCGAUGCGGCUCUCACGGGUCCAGGGUGCCCAGUCCUGGAGCCAGCUCGCCGCCGGAGCCCCUGCCGGAGGAAGCGCUCCCUAGUCGCUGCGGCUGUUUCUGGCAAAAGGGUCUGGACCACAGAACAGCUGUGUUUACCGCCCGACCCAGCUCUGGAGGUCUUGCUCUGCCUCGCAGGCUAGGGCACCACUGUAGCCCUAGAUGGCCAAGAUUCCUGCCUGCUCCUGCCUGAAGCCUCCGGAGCCCUGGGGUAGUUACCGUGGUGCCUGCGAAGCGCUCCCACCUGCAGAGAGGGUCAUUUACCCCACCCUCACCCUGCAGCCCAGCAAAGGCCCCCUUUUCCCCUGCCCCAGAGGUUGCCAACAGAUGCCAAGGUUGCAUAUCCCUGGUGCUCUUGGGGUGCCCCAGCUCUCUCAGUCCUUCUCCCUGCUCCCUCCUCCAGCUCAGGAGGUGAUUCUCAGAACCCUGGCCAGGCUGGGGCAGGACAGCUGUCCCUGGCACUGUUGGCAGGGCCUGGGGAAGAAGGGUGGGAGGUGUGGGAGCAAACUACUCUGUGCCCUCUGGUCCCUGCCCUCUGCCAAGCUGUGGGGUAGGGAUGGGGUCACGCUUCUCUGGUUCUGCUGCUGGUAAAGGCUGGCCAGGGAGAUGGUCGAGAGCCCACCCACAAGGUGCCCAAGCAGCCCUGGCUCCAGUGUCUCCCAGUGUGCUGGAGGAGCCCAGGCAGGCUGUUCCCAAGGCGGUGGCCCUGGCUGAGGUUUCGUCCUGGUCUGACCAGGCCCUGCCCCCACGUGGCCACACUCAGAAGCGGAGAGCAGGUCAGGCGUUGAGGAGUCCCAUGGGGAGAAAGGGUGAAACCGGGAAGGGUAGAUGUAGGUCCUCCCUGGGGUGCAGUUCCGUGUCCCUGCCUGGCAAGGGCUUUGGGGGGCUUGGGGAACAAGUAGGGCAAGUGGAGGCCCAGCGGGAAAAAGGUUGAUACUAGAAGGUUUGAGGGCAGUUUUCAAACCAAGUCCAGCUCUGUAGAGCCUUGGGGCUGAUGCCAGGUCCUGGGACCCUGUGCUGGGACUGUAAGUGCGGUGGGCUCGUUCCCAGUGACCUCCUUGGCUUGUCCAGACAGUGAGUGUGGGUUGGCCACAUAGAGGCUCCUACACCGGACAACGGCAUGCUGCUGUCAAGUUCCAAAACCAACUUCAUAGCUGGGGUCUAGGAGGCUAGAGAGGGGCUUUUACCUCCGACUUCUGCUGGGGCUGGGCAGAGAGAGAACCCAUGGAAACUCCAUUUACCCACGAGCCCUGCAGACCCCCAGUGCUUCCAGUGCCUGGAGACCCAUGAGCAGGUGAAUUCCUUAGGGUAAAGGCCAGGCUCGAAAGCCAGAAAUGCUGGUCCUGCAGUGCUGGAGGAAGUGUCUUACUAGACAGCCGUAGGAGGACCCCAAGCCCCAGGGGUUCCCCAGAAACCCACUGAGCAGCAAAACUACCGCGAGGGCCCGCCCUGCACUCCCAGAGUCUACAAAUGCAUUCAGGGCUAGAGGGCUCCUUGGCUUGGCCAGGCUUUGUGCCCGGUGUGAACUGGCAGGGUCAGAGCUGCCCCAGCUGCCCGUCGCAGCCCCUCAGGCCCCAGGGAGCCCUGCUUUGGGCUGUGUGUGCAGGGCAGGAGUGGGCAGGGUGCCUGGCAAGGUGGACUGACCUCAUCCGUUCUCAUCCCUUUCCCUCCCGGUCCUCUGUGCUUUUUGAAUUUGGCUGUAGUCUUUCAGACACUUGGCCUCAGGCUCUGUUGAAUUCCAGGGCCAGUUUUACUCACUCCUCAUCCCCACCUUGUUCCUUUAGGAAAAACUCCGGGUAGCAAAGAAGCACCUAUCCUCUAGUUUCCCAACUGGCUUUCCUGGGAGAUGGGAAAUGCCCCAGGAGGAAUCCAGAUGGCCAGCACUCACCCCACCCCCAUUACCUGGGCCACUGAGUCAGGCCAGGAUGAGGCUGUGGCUCUCUCAGCCCAUUCUCCUGCCCCACACUUGGUGGGAAUGUCUCCCAGACUUGAGCAGCAGGAGGUGGGAGACCACAGGGCCCUGAGGAUGGGUGACUCGGCUCCCACAAGCAGAGGGGACGUGGAGGAGGGCCGCUGGACCCCACACCUAGCAGGGGACUCGAUGGGGGCUGAGUGCUGGAAGGAGCCUGUGCUUGGUCUAGAAUGGCGGGUGUGUGGGGGAGAACAGGCCAGCAGAAAGGUCAUUUCUUCCUUAUUCAGGCCUCUGGAAUGACCCGAAGUGGGCGCUUUCUCCAGCAUCAUGCCUGAGGAUGAUGAGGCCACAGGAAUCCCCCCAGACCCUGGGGUCAAUAUUUCAGGGCUCCUCUUCACCUUCCUCCCACCCCAGGCCUGGGAAAUCUUCCUGUGCACCAGAGUUCUUGGAGAGGACAGGGCACAGUUCCCAGUUCUGGCCCAACGGCGGCAGGGCUUGGUUCCCUGUGGCGCUCAGAGGUGGGGGCCUCCCAAAGCCGAUACCUGAUUCCUGUUCCCAGAUUGGGGAACUGGGAGGAGUGAACUUCCUAGGAAUGUGAGCCAUGUCCCUGAUUUCCAACAAACCCCAGAUGUGUGGAAACGAUGUCUUCUGAGUGCAGAGGGAGCCUUGUCCCUUGCAGAUGGGCUGCUUCCGGGGACUGCCAGGGCCGUGGCAGGCACCAUGCUGUGGCCACCCCAGUGGAGUCCCUUUGCCCGCUUCGUGUCCCGGCAUCCCCACUAGGUGCCUGGCUCUUCUGUGCAGGUGUCGGGGUGUCUGGAGCCCCGAAGUUUUUGUUUUGUUUUGUUAGAGGUGGAGAUGGUGAACCUGAACUCCCUGGGUCUCCGCCCGUUGGGGCAGGAGGGAGCCUAAUCCAGGCUUAACCGGGCUCACUGAGAAGGUGCAGGAAGCGCAGAACGACUCCCGCCCGUGUGCGGCCCACAUUGGGCCAGGGCGCUGCCGCUGGGUGUCUGCAACCGGGAGCGUCCCGGCCGCUGGAAGGAUACAGGGAAUCGGUUUCCCACGCUUUCCCUGUUGAUCUCAGAACCUUUAAAAAGCCGCCAACGAAUGCCGUUGCCCGGAUGCGCUGAGUGUGCCCUGAGCCGUGUGUUCACGCGCGCCCGCAGCCGUGCAGUGGGUCCCCUCCUGCCACCUGCCGCCCCGGGGCCGCCGGCCUGCGCUGGCCCGGGAGGAGCAACUUCGUUACCCACAGCGCCCGCGUCCUGCGGCCGGCGGGGAGCUGCGCGCCGCGGAGGUGGCACGGACCGGCUCCAGAACGCUGCCUGCAUGGACGCGGCCGCUGCCUUCAGCUCCCAGUUCUGGCCGCGCGUGGGCAGCAACGAAAUAGCGAGCCUCGCAGCCUUCCGGGCCCGGCGGCCGCAUUCCGGGAGUAGCCAGGUGGGAUCCCGCCUUCCGCUUCCCCAAUUGCCCAGAGCCCAGGACAGGGGCGGGCGGCCAGGUCACCAAGCGGGUUUCCUGAAUUGGCUGGCUCGGGAAUCCACAUUCGGCUUGCAAGGCCCCCUCCUUCCGUCCCUCCGCUGCGCUCCUUGCCCCACUCUGCCCGCCCUCUUAGCUUGAAAACCAAAUUUUGCCUUUGACCCUGCGAGAUUAAUACCCCACAAGUGAAACCGUGGAGACCGAGCUGCGGUGGAUUUCUUCCCCACGCCUCGGUUUCCUCGUCUGUGAAAUGGGGCCAGGCGCGCCUGCCUCCUCCAGGGGGUUAUUGCAGGGCUGGCUGGGGAGAGUGGCUGGAUGGAAGCCGCCAGGCGAAGGCCCAAGGCCGCCCAUCCCGUGGGCCUCGUUUGCUGAGCGGGGUCAAAGGCCUGCGGGGCAGGGCGUGCCCCACCUGGGCUCCAGAGCCAGCCGCCUGUCCGGGUCUCCUCCCCUCACUCCCGGUCCCCUGCCCCUCCUGGAACUCUCCUCACCCGCUGGGUGAAGGAGGAGGGAAGGCCGACUCCUCCGCCCUGGGGUCUCCAUCCUAACCCUGCCGCAGAGUCUGGCCCACCCUGGGCUUUCCUCUCCAGUCUCUUUGGGUCUCCAGAAGCCUGGAGGUUUCAUGCAGACCCGAACCUGAUA